AAAAAAUCGCCGAAGAGUUCGUUCUUUCUCGGUUUGGUGGCAUCGCUUCAAUUUGUCAUUUUCGGCGCCACGGAUUCGUAGUUCCGUCACAGCGAGUCAAAAAAAUCGUUUCAACUUUGGAUUAAGAGCUUUUGGUUUGUUAGGGACGUUUUCACCACGUACCGUCUGUGGUUGGUAAACUGUGAAAAUUUCGCGUGUGGGAAUACGUUCUCGAAAAGCUGUCGUGGAAUUGGUGAGGAAUCGAGAAGAAUAAUAAAUCACCGACACUUCCCUCCGACUGCGCCUCCUCCAGCACCACCUGAAAGUCUGAGAAAUUUCUAAUGUGGCGUGCGGCGGCUUUCUAUACACGGAAGACUUAAAAAUUUCGCUAUUCAAAAUGCCAACAAGUGCUCGCUAGACGUGUCAUCGCUUCGUCGCUUUAACAGGCUUGGAACCAGCCAUAGCCACACGAAUUCAGGUUGACCCUGAUUUCACGUAGUUUAUACGCUUGUCGAGAAGCCCAGCCGAAAAUAGUUAGUCAUCUCCCCCCAUGUGUGCUCCGUGAAGUGUUCACGCGGUCUCCGGUUGUAUGCCCAGUGCAUCUUGCCCUGAAAUAGAUUGAAGCUCGGACUCAAAUUAAAUUAUAGCGACUGCAUUGAUAUAAAUUCCGGAAAAUUAUUGUGGGUGUUAAAGAACUACUGAAGUAGAAUGGUUAACAAAAUCGAUAAGGGACAAAUAGUAAUUAACCAUUCGCAGGAUUCCGAAUCGAUCACAUCAUCAUCAGCAGGCAGUCCACCUGUCGACGGGGCCGGAUCUCAGUCAGCUGCGAAUUACAUCGUGACAACAGCUGCAGGUCAAUUUCAUCACCAUACCAACGGACAAUUCCAUCACCACAACGCCGCAUCGCCACAAACCAUUUCCCAUAAUCACAACAACUAUCUGCCGGUCCACUAUCUCCAUGAGUUGCCUCAAGCAGAUGAAGAACGCUUAGAGAGACUGUUCAAGAAACUAGACCGCGACGGAAAUGGGCGAAUUGAUAUUCACGAUCUGUCCAGCGCACUCAAGGAAUUCGGAAUCUCUAGCGCUUACGCUGAGACAUUUUUACAACAAUCGGAUAAAACACAAAGUGGUGAUGUUGGGCUUGCAGAAUUUAUCUAUUACGUUCGCGAACAUGAAAAAAAUUUGCGGUUACAAUUUUCUCAUCUGGACAAAAAUAGAGAUGGAAAAGUCGACUUGGAAGAGCUGAUAUCGGCUUUUAAAGAUUUAGGAAUUGAAAUGGAUCUAGGAGAAGCAAAAAAAUUGCUUCAAAGGAUGGAUCAAGAUGGUAGCCUUAAUAUUAGCUUCGAUGAAUGGCGAGACUUUCUAUUACUCGCACCUUCAACAGAUAUUCAUGAUUUAAUCAAAUUUUGGCGGCAUUCUACUGGAAAUCAAUUCAAGCAGUACCUCGAUAUUGGAGAAGACUUGAACGUACCUGAUGACUUCACCCAAAGUGAAAUGCAGACAGGGAUGUGGUGGAGACAUUUGGCUGCUGGAGGAAUUGCUGGUGCAGUAUCCCGAACAUGUACAGCUCCUUUAGAUAGGAUAAAAGUAUUUUUACAGGUGCAAUCGACAAAGACAAGAAUCUCAGAUAGUUUUAAAUAUAUGCUAAAUGAGGGUGGUAUUAGAAGCUUUUGGAGAGGCAACGGUAUUAAUGUUUUGAAAAUUGCACCAGAAUCGGCUAUUAAAUUUGCUGCAUAUGAACAAUUCAAGCGUUUCUUGCGAGGAAAUGAUAAACGCCAGAUGUCGAUAUAUGAGCGCUUUGUAGCGGGAGCAGUCGCAGGCGGCGUUAGCCAGACGGUUAUAUAUCCCCUAGAAGUGCUUAAAACCAGAUUAGCUCUACGAAAGACAGGUCAAUACAAAGGCAUUCUUGAUGCAAUGGUUAAGAUUUACCGCUAUGAGGGCAUGCGAAGCUUCUAUCGCGGCUACAUUCCAAAUAUGUUGGGUAUAGUACCGUAUGCUGGUAUCGAUUUGGCUGUCUAUGAAACGCUUAAACGAAAAUAUCUGAGUACGCAUAAUACGACGCAACCGAACAUUCUAGUAUUGCUGGCGUGCGGAAGUGCAUCGAGCACUUUGGGACAAGUGUGUUCUUAUCCUUUGGCAUUAGUUCGGACGCGACUACAAGCACAAGUUGUCGUCAAUGGCCUAGCCAUGCAAUCUCACAAUACAAUGCGUGGUAUAUUUUCACACAUUCUACGAACGGAAGGUAUCAGUGGCCUCUACCGCGGUAUUACACCAAACUUCAUAAAAGUCCUGCCAGCUGUUUCGAUAAGCUAUGUUGUCUAUGAGUAUUCAAGUCGAGGCCUUGGUGUUAAUAUGACGUGAUGGAAAUGCUCUCUAGUUCUAAGAGUACCAUUAAGAAAUAUUUAUUUUAUUUUUAUAUAAUUCUAUUGAAAGAAGGAAAUUUUAACUUAAUUGCCAGUAUAUGAAGAAUUUUCAAAAAAUAGAAAAAUUAUAAAAAUGAAAACUAUAAAAAUCCACACCAGAUAUACACAAUGUAAUACUAUUAACAAAUUUGUGGUACAUGAUGUCCAACCAAAAUGGAAUCGUUAUAAAUAUCAUCAAUACAUUUUACAGUCGCAUAAAAAAAAACUUGCGUUUACAAAAUGGUAUUCAAAAUCUGUUUAAAAUGUUCACUCAAUGGGGAAGAGUUUAGAUAUUCAUUCUUAAAGAAAACCAUCCCCUUCAAUACAACAUAUGAGUGAACGAUGAAUAAAAAUGGGUGUCUUCUUUAAAAUUCGAUAUAUCAAAGCAAAAUCUAAACCUAUAAAACUGGCUUUGAGUUAUUGCAGCAAUUACUGCCUACGUCCUGUCGAUUCCGGAUCAAAACACAGAUGUCGGCAGGCAAUGGUCGUGCUCAUGUUACAAGUAUAAUAUCGAGUUUCAGCCUUACUUUCUGCUAAGAACAGAGUCAAAGAUGCAAUUCCAUGCCUUUCAAGUGAUUUUCCCCUCGUAUUUAUUUUCCUUUAUUCCUAUAAAAAUUGAAUAUUUAUAUUAGUUUAAAUGGAACGUGUAUAAUUUAACAAUAUACUACGAACUAUAGGUAUUAAAAAUAAUGCAAAAUGCGAAUCUAGUGGUGACUAUUAAAAAAUUUCUGAAUUUAAAACUUAAUUACUAAAAAACAUUCAUAAAAUUGAGUUUUGUUUCAAAUGCUAAAAGAAACAUAAAAAGUAUACAACUUAAACCAUUUUGAAAUUUAAUAACAUCGAUUUAAAAAUACGCGAUUUAUUUCUUUGCUUAUUUCAAGGAAAAUUCGCGAUUGUAUUGCCUUUAUGUUUGCAUUUAUAUUGAAGAUAUAGAUAUGUUUUUACGUGCAUACGAUCAGAAAUAUCGGAUUUCUUAUAAGACUAGCAUAAGACAAGAAGUAGAGUGAAAGAUCAAAAUAAUUCACAAAACAUUACAAUAUAUCCAUAUUGUUAUUGCUGAGGCUGUUAACGAAACGUUUGUCUUAUAUAUUGUAAAGACAAUCGAUGAUAGACGUUCAUAAAUAAGAAUAACUGAAAAUAUAUAAUUACAUUUAAUUUUUUAAGUGUAUGGUGUGCACAGUAAUAAUUUAUUUCAUAUUAUUUUGAUUUUUUGUUUCCUAGUUUUCUACUUUCAUUUCUCUUGAAAGAAAGUUAUGCCACAUGAAAUCACACUGCUGCUUAAUUUUUUGAUACCUAUUGCGUUAGAAUAUGAUCUAAAUUAUUUUUCUAUUUGCUCUGCCUGUUAGUGAUAAUUUAUCACUUCUGAUUUUUUCUUCAAUAAAAAUACUAAUUGGAAAUUUA